CCGAUCCUAAGAUGGCGGCGCCCAGCGGAUGCAGCGGCGCAGGCUGGUGGGCCGCAUUGCUCCUGGCAGCGGUGGCGCUGGGGCUGGCGGAGGCGGUGUCUGAGCCCACGACCGUGGCAUUCGACGUGCGGCCGGGCGGCGUGGAGCAUUCCUUCUCCCAGAACGUUGGACCCGGGGGCAAGUUUACAUGUAUGUUCACAUAUGCUUCCCAAGGAGGCACUAACGAGCAAUGGCAGAUGAGUCUGGGGACCAGCGAAGACCACCAGCACUUCACCUGCACCAUAUGGAGGCCCCAGGGGAAGUCCUACCUCUACUUCACCCAGUUCAAGGCUGAAGUUCAGGGUGCCGAGAUCGAAUAUGCCAUGGCCUACUCCAAGGCAGCAUUUGAAAGAGAAAGUGAUGUUCCCCUUAAGAGCGAAGAGUUCGAAGUGACCAAGACAGCAGUGGCCCACAGACCUGGGGCCUUCAAGGCUGAGCUGUCCAAGCUGGUGAUAGUGGCCAAGGCUGCCCACUCGGAGCUGUGACCCCCCCCUUGCCUCAGCGUUCCUCAGCGUCUCCUGAGAAGCUGCCACCUGGAACACUGCUGCCUGGCUGCUUGUCUGGGGACCCUCGGUUUGCCACUGGAAUCCACACUGACCCAUGCAGAGCCACCAGCCCACUCCACAGAGCCCUGUGCCUCCAUGUUCUCUGAACUCGGGUCUGAGGUACCCCAACUUAUUAACCAGUGAAGGCACUUAAUACAUGGGGGUGGGAACCGGGGAGCAGCUAGACUUUUCUGAAGCCACCAGGUUGUCCCUUUUGUCCAAGCCGGCAUCCCCAGCUCAAGGACCACUUUCAUAGUUGCCCUCACCCAGGGGACCUCCUUUCACAGAAGCCAGGAGGACAUGAAGUCUUUUCAUAUUUAAAUAAACAAAAGACAACCUCA